AUGUUGCUCAGGGUUGUCUGUGCGGCGACAUGGCUCGUAUUGUCCUCUGCCACCAGCCUCAACGGCAUAUAUGCUCUUCUCGACCGACGACUUCCGGACCACGCUCACGAAUUCUCAUUCUCGUUGGUAUCCGGCGAUGCCGACAGUUACGUCGUCGCGGACAAGCAGUCGGGAAUCCACGUCGAAUGCACAAGCGUCUCGGGGUGUGCUCGCGGUCUCUAUGCCUAUCUGACGGAACGGUGCCAAGUGGAAAUUUGGUGGACAGGUUCGCGCCUGCACGAGCUGCCUGCCGAUCUUCCUGCAGUGGGGAGACCUAUCACUGGUCAGAGUAUCGUGCCAUUCAGGUACCACUUCAACACGGUCACUUUCAGCUAUACGACCGCAUUCUGGGACUUUGAGGAUUGGGAGCUCGAGCUCGACUGGCUUGCUCUCCGGGGCGUCAACCUCCCGCUUGCCUGGGUCGGAUACGAGUACCUGCUCGUCGAGACGUUCCACGACGUUGGCCUCACGGAUGCAGACAUCGCGACCUUCCUCUCCGGGCCCGCGUACCAGGCGUGGAAUCGAUUCGGAAACAUCCAAGGGAGCUGGGGCGGCACCCUCCCCUCCGCCUGGCUCGCAGAUCAGUUCGCGCUCCAAAAGCGCAUCGUCAGGCGCAUCGUCGAGCUCGGCAUGACGCCCGUCUUGCCCGCGUUCACCGGUUUCGUCCCCCGCGCCCUCGCGGAGCUCUAUCCGAACGCCUCCAUCAUCGUCGGCGACCAGUGGGUCGACUUCCAGCCGCAGUACACGAACGUAUCCUUCCUCGAGCCGUUCGAUCCGCUCUUCGACCAGAUGCAGACGGCCUUCCUCACCAAGCAGCGCGUGGCGUACGGCAACGUCUCGCACGUCUACACCCUCGACCAAUACAACGAGAUCAACCCGUUCAACGGGGACCCGACCUACCUCGCAAACAUCAGCGCCUCGACGCUCGCAGGGCUCCGCGCCGUCGACCCGGACGCCGUCUGGAUGCUCCAAGGCUGGCUCUUCUUCGCCAGCAUGGCCUUCUGGACAGAGGAGCGCAUCGCGGCCUACCUCGGAGGUGUCGCGGACCCCAUGGCCAUGAUCGUGCUUGACCUCUACGCCGAAGCCGAGCCGCAGUGGAACCGCACGCGCUCGUUCGAGGGCAAGCCCUGGAUCUGGUGCAUGCUCCACGGCUUUGGUGGGACGAUCAACCUCGAGGGCAACCUCCCGCUCCUGACCUCCGCUCCGCUCGCCGCGCUCGCCGCGGACGGGAGCUCGAUGGCCGGGCUCGGGCUCACGAUGGAGGGCCAAGAGGGCAACGAGCUCGUGUACGACGCGCUGCUCGACCAGGCGUGGGCGCGCGCGCCGCUCCCGCUCCCCGCGUACGUUGCCGCGUGGACCGCGCGCCGAUACCGUCCCGCCCUUGCCCCCAGGGAGGAGCUCCCGCAGGCGGCGCACGACGCGUGGCAGCUCCUCGCGCGCACCGUGUACAGCAACACGGACACGGGCGUGCCGGCGGUUCAGAAGAGCGUGUACGAGCUCACGCCCGCGCUCGCCGGACUCGUCAACCUCACCGGGGUCUUCCCCACGCGCAUCCCGUACGACACCAACGCGACCGUCGUCCCCGCGCUCGCCGCGCUGCUCUCUGCCGCGCGCGCCGCCCCGGCGCUGAGAGAGAGCCCCGAGUUCGCGCACGACGUCGUCGACCUCGCGCGCCAGCUGCUCGCGAACCGCUUCCAGGACGCGUACCUCGCGCUCGUCGCCGCGUACCCCGCGGAGCCCGCUGCUCUGCACGCGGCCGCCGCGCCCAUGCUCGCUAUACUCGACGAGCUCGACGCGGUGCUCGGCACGGAUCCGCACUUCCUCCUCAGCAAGUGGAUCGCGUCCGCACGGCGCUGGGCGGGGGAGGGCCAGGAGGACUACGCGCGCUUCCUGGAGUACGACGCGCGGACGCAGGUCACGCUGUGGAACCCGGCCGGGGGCAUCCUGAGCGACUACGCGUCCAAGGCGUGGGCGGGGCUUGUGGGCGGGUACCAUCGCGAGCGGUGGGCCAUGUUUGUGGACUACCUCGUCGAGACCGUCGAGAGCGGGGUGGAGUACGACCAGACGGCGUUCACGGCACGGGUGGUGCGGUUUGGGCAGGGAUGGGUGAACGAGACUUGGGGAGAGCGUCCAAGGGGCGUGCAGGGAGACGUUUGGGAUAUCGUUGAAGAUAUCAUGAAGAGGUGGACAUGA